ACAUAGGACGUGGAUUUGUGAACUUUUUGUGAAGAAGUGUUAAGUGAGUGAAAAAUUGUCUCAAUUAUUCAAAAGCGAGUGGACCGCGUAUUUAUCUGUCAAAUCAGUGAAGUGAUAACUCAAUGUUUCGCGCCGUGCGUUUUCAAUGUUUACGUCGGUGUUGACUGAAAGCUGUCAGUGCAGUCCCAUAGGAUGUAGCUAGGGGCGGCUAUGCCCCGCCUAGAAACCACCCGUGAAUCGACGAGAACGUAGUGUAAAGUUUGGGCGCGAACAGUGAAAAUGACGGAGCCACCGGUCAAGGUGAAGACGGAGCGGCCCGACGAGGCCGAGAUCAGGGAGUUGGCCGCCAAAAUGGUGGAGGCGAAUAAGGCCAAGGCGCUGGCUGCCUCGGUCGCUGCGGCGCGGCCUCCACCUGGCUCGCUGGUGGGCGCGGCGCCGCCGGGCCCCGGCGGCCAGAUGGGCAUCCUCAACUUCCUGACACGUAAGCCAGGCGCGUCGGGCGCCGCUGCCGCGGAUCAGCGCCCAGCGCCUGACGCCGAGAAGAAAACACCGGCGCCGGACGAAGCCAGCUGGAAGGGCCACUUCGGCUGGGACAUGCUGGGCAAAUGCCACAUCCCGUACAUCUACCGGUCGGGGGAGAAGUACGUGGCGGUGCGCAUGGUGGAGAUCAAGCUCCUUAACAAGUACCUGAACUAUUUGCACGCGGACAUCUACUCGUGCACCUGCAUCCGCAGCUACUACAUCACGGAGAUCGAGGCGCGGCUGCUCAACGAGAUCAACAACCGGCACUGUGACGGCCAGUUCGGCCGGGAACCCUUCACGCAGAAGGACCUGGUUGUGAGGCUAUCAGAUGCCUAUGAGUUCUAUAACUUCUUAGACGUUUGUUACAAUAAGUUACUCCAUGGAACGACAAAUACUAAGGACAAGUGUGGUUUCAUUAGGAUAAAUAAGGAGUCAGUGGUUCCAUAUACAGUGCGGGACGGUCAGAAGUUUGUUCCUCUAUUUUACUUUGAAGGUGAAACAGACAAUUUGAAAUUGAAGGCGGACCAGUUGAAGGGGUGGGAUCUAUCGUACCUGAAGUUUUGUUGUAAAGUGCAGGGGAUUCGAAAUGAAUUGUUUGCCAGUGAGACAUGUUCGGUGAUCAGCCUGUCGGAUAUCAAGAGUUACUUCCCACCUGGAACGGAGUUUGAGGAAUACUGGCCUAACAAAGUUGUUGACUCACAACUCCUGAUCUCAGCAAAAGGGUCAGGAUCAGGCGGUGGUCAGUGGACGCGGGCCCCGCCGGCGCCGCCGCCCGGCGUGGUGGGCUGCGGCGCGGGGGUCGCGGGCGUGGGGCUCAGCGUGUCGGCCGCCUCCAGCCGCGGCCGCCGCGCCGCCACCGCGCGGCACAGCCCCGCCGCGGCCAUGCAGAUGCCACACGCGGGCCUCUCGGCAGCCACUGUACAAGCUCUUGCCAAUGGCUGGAGUCUGCCCGGACAGCUGACUCAGGCACAGACGCAGCAGGUCUUACGGCUUGCUCAGGCGCAAGUGGCGGCGCAAGCGCAGGCAGCAGCGCGGUACAGCAACGCAGUGGCGGCCGCCGCGGCUGCGUUGCCGCAUAGGAACCAGAGGACUGUACAGUUCCCCAACAGUGCUAUCUCCAUGGCGAUGGGCCAACAGCCGCCGCCUCCCCUGGUGCGGAGCUCGGCCAACACCAACACUAUGAAUGUGCCACCUCAAGUGACCGGCUCUAUGAAUGGCCACUCGACCUCUCACUCCGUGGACACUCGAAAGCGACUCACGCCCAUACCAGACAUCAACAUUACUGGCAACCAUACGCCGUAUAAGGUGCAAAAAGCUCUGGUGGAGAACACGAUGGUCCCGUGCAUCAACGCGAAGCCCUACCAGUAUACGGAGCUACUCAUGACCCUUCCCGACCUGGCGUCGCACUUCUUCCCGCGCGUGUCCCUCGCCACCUGCCGCGCCAUGCUCGACGCCCUCGGACUCACGCUCUAUAGGCCCAACUCGACCCAACUCCAAGUGCUCCGCAACUCGGGCAAGUGCAAGUCUGCGGCGGCGGGCGAGAACGGUCUGGCGCUGGUGCAGAUCCGCGACGUGAUGCAGCACAUGCCGCAGUUCAAGUACAUGCUGCGCUCCGGCGCCGGCGACGACGCGCCGCACCAGCCGCACGCGCCGCGCCCCGCGCAUGCGCAGCCGCCGCCGCACCAGGCCAAGCGCGCGCGCGCCAACUAGCACCCGCCCGCGCCCCCCGCGCCCCCCACGCCCUCCGCGCUGCGCCGCACCGGCCGCACGCGCAGCCGCCUCUAGUACCGGGAGAAACCUGCGACGAUGCCUAGCCGGGACGGCAGGACUAGCACCCUGCGUUACAGCUGAAGACACAAUAUAAGCUCACCACCAUACCCCGAUGGCGUAGUCAUAGGUAUGUACAAUCGCAAGAUGAACUAAGUACCCACUGCUCACCGAGCUUUCUGUUAGACCAACGUGAUAAGCCGUGUCGCCGUUUAUAAUGCGCAGCAAUAAUGUGCGAUGUCGUCGUUUAUAGAACGUGCACUAAAUUACAGUUUAUUACCAGGAAGAAAGUCAUGACAUUCCCUGACUCGCCGACGUCAGGCGAGUCAGAACCGAGAUAAGCUAGAAGAUUAACAUAAAUAAGCGUAUAAACAAACUAUUACUGGGAAGUUCUCAUUCACCACUCAAGAGGUAAAGAACAUAUUCCACUGAUGCUAAUCCCAUUCCGAUAGAUAUAGAAGGAAGUAAACAGAACUAAAUGUGUGAAACACGACCAGAUGAGCCAAUUUAAGAAGAGAAUGCUUCCCUAAUGACUGUGUGGGAUGCUACACAAAUGAAAUCCUUUUACCAUGAUGGCAAGUCAAAUUACAAAGAUAUGACAUACCAUUAAUACGACGAAGGUUUUGAGUAAUUAAGAUGUUGGGAGAUUGUGUAAUCAAAGCUAGUGUAUUCUCUUCGUGCUUCACCAGAGCUAAUGAUUUUAUUUAUUAUAAAUUGUAAUGAGGUUAAGUGGUUGCAUUUUUGGUGUUAAUAGAAAAUUCUUCAACAAGACAAUGAAUACUUGUUUUUAUAAGAAUCUUUAAAAGAAUAUAUAUGAAAAGUUCAGCAUCAAAGCAAGUCUGAAAAACUGUUAAGCACUUGUAAAGCUAAGUAGGAACAUUUAAGAAUGAAAGUGAGAACCUGUGUCUUGAAACCAAGUGUUAUAGGUAGUGAAGUUUUUAUCAAAGUGCUGAAUGUAAGUGGACGAUACAGUGAUGUUGAGGGCUUCCAUCUACUCAGAUGGUAUGUGUCGCGUGUUAGGUAUUAAAAUGGUUCUCGGUGUGGGUUUGCCAAAUCUACAAUAACUCACAUUUUACACAAAGACUAUAUCAUGAACAAAUUCUUAGAAUCAUCAAAUAAGACAUGUCAAUUUCCAUGAUGUUGUACAAAUUGUAUAAUACUAUGUUGUAAAUGAGCAGAUCUUAUUUAGAAUAUCUGUACGAACUAUUUAAUAGAAGACUGAGAAAUUUAUUUUUUAAUUAUUUCAUGUAUCGAAUAUUGAAACUGUAAGUUUAGUUUGAGUUGUUUUGUAUGGAACGAGAUUCGGUAUUUCAAAACUUUUGUAUGUUGAAUGUAUUUGUGUACAAAAUUGUAAAUAGCGGUUAGUUUGCUGCAUUUAUGCAGCUUUUAUCAAUACAUUACAAAUUAAUAUAAUGUUUAUAGCUCAAAUGCAAGCAAAUUAUAUAGUUAUACAAAAGUUUCGCUUAAUCGCGCAAUAAGAGAACGCUUAACGAUUGUCAUCACAAUGAAAGAUUCACAAACUGCGGUCACAGCUCACUGGAAGUAUUCUAUAACAAUCUCAAGUGUAAAUUAUAUUUGUACUUCUUAAAAUAGCUAAGAAUAAUUUGAUGUUAAGUUGCCACCUCAAUGACUGUACUUGGUCAAAUAGUGUGAAUUACUUCACACUAUUUGACCAAGUACAUAUAGCACAAAAUUUACGAAAUGUACGAGUAUAUUGCGUGGAGCCAUAUGUAUCUGUAAAGUUUGACAAUAGUGGCAUCAUGCUAAAGCCAGUCGGAUUCAGACGCGAUAUCCGUCGGCAUAUCCGUCAUACAAAACCACGUAACUGAUCAUCCACCUAUGCGCGCUCGCAACAUAACCGGCUGGUCUUGGCACCAACAGACAAUACUUGGCUGCUCUAGCACAUAAUACUAAGCUUCAAUUCUUUAUCGAAUUCUGCUUCGUUAUUUUAGCUACACUAGUUCUAAAUGUAUUUACCAGGAAUGAUAAUUUAUUUCCCGCAUUCAUUGUUAUAAUACGAAUAUGGUUUAUAAAAAAAACCCUAACAGUUCCUGGUCAUUCCCAGUGACAAAAAAUGGCUAACACAAUUAUUAUUUUGUAAGAUUUUUCCUAAUUGUAGGAAAUUAUGAACGUUAGUUCCUAUUUGUAGGUAUACUGACAGGGGCGGGAAUUCAUUUGUUGGUGUAAGGUAAUUUAGAAAAAUGUAAAGUUUGAAAUGGUCUAUAAAUAGAGUCAGACGAAAACUAUACAGAUGGUGAAAUGGGUAUUGUGCAAGUUAUUGUUUAAACACAUGCUUAAGUUUUAAUGAUGUAGCAGUUAUAGCACAAAUACAUUAUGCCCGUAAACCACAUCCGGGUUAUUUCCAAAUAGUUGAUAAAAGGACACUUUCACCCAUUGGUUUUACAAAAAUCAAUUCAAAUGUUCUUUAUUGUACUUACACUAAAAAUCAUACACAAGAAAGAUAACGACCGACGCAAACUGCCAAUAUUUUCUUUAUUACCAGCUAAAACUAAAUGAAAUCUCUGCCAUGAAGCACCAACAUUGCUUUAGUGAUUUAAUUCCCACUCUUGGUAAGCACCAGAGUAUAAUUUAUAAAUAACCUUAAGAUCAUUGUAAUAGGCAAAUUUACUUACAUGGUUAGACCUUUACAAGCAAAACUUAGGGAUCUUAUAUAAAACUAUUUAAAUAUUGCAGAGCUGUGUAAAGUAUGCUAAAUUAUUUAUGACUUAGCUUUUAAGUAAUCUAAGGGGGUAACUUUCAGGACUUGUAACAGAUACCUAUGUGACAAUCUUUUAAAUAUCAUUAAUUAUGAUAAAUAUAGAGUGUGGAUUUCAGUCCCACAUAUUGAUGACCAAAUAUAAUAGACUUUAAAUAAAUGUAACGCUAAAAGUUGUGAGGUUAAACCAUAUACAUAAUAUACCUAAUGGUGUCGAUUUGGGCAACCACUAAAUUAAUUUAACAGGACUAACUAGCUGCAUCUUUUUCUGGUAUGUAUUGUUAGUGAAGGACGGCACUAAUUUAAGAGCUGUCAAACUAGUUAGGUCAAGUUUGUAUGCGCCAGAAUGGGCACCAUUGUGGGUGUUUUUGAAGAAUCUGUAACAAACGUUAUGGUACUACCAUAGAGCAACACGGACCUCCGCAUAUUCCAGAACCAGACUAGCACGCAGUCUCUAUGAUACCGAACUUUAUACACAUUCUUUCGAAAUAGUCAUGUUAUCAAGUUCUCGAGAGUUACGCCUAACUAUUGAAUAUCACAGUGUAAAUCGCAGUUGUAACAACAGCUCUUCAGAAUACAUAAUGUCGUUUGUGGAGCCAUUGAAUCUGUAUUAAAGAAAAUAAAAAGAUUUCUUUUUA